AUGUCCCUCCGUGGCCUCCGCAAUUUGGUCGGGCUCGCACCUCCGACCCCCUAUGCUGGCAGCGAGAAUGAAGAGACCGAUGUGUCUAGUACGCCCGGUCUUUUGACCCGCCAGCCGAGCCAGGAUGUCGGAGAUAAGCAGGGUGAAGAGCUGCCGACGCUGCUGCAUCGUCUGAGACACAAUAGCUCGAUAUUGGCGUUGGCAUUGAGCGAUGAGAGCAUAUAUGCUGGGACGCAUGGCGGGGAAAUAUUGGUCUACAGCCUGAAGACGUAUGAGAGGAAAGCAGUGAUUGAGGGGCACAGGGGCAGUGUGCUGGGGUUAUGUCUAAGCGGUGACCAAGAAUUACUUUUCUCGAGCGGAGGGGACAGGAUCGUCAAUGUGUGGAAGACUGAGGAUUUGACAAGACAAGCCUGCCUCUACUCUUCAUAUGACGUGGGCGAUGUCUUCUGCGUGGCCUACUCAGAAGCUUUUGGGGUGGUCUAUCUUGGAGCGCAGAACACUACGAUCCAAUGGUGCUCCCAAGACCACGAAGGGAGCAAGGACUGCGCAAAGCAACCCAGCCAAACACCGGGACCACGAGCCAAGGAUUUCUUUGACUCCCGCGGCCCGGGCGGUGCAAAGACGCCUCGCCCUGCGGAUGCCGAUGUUGUACCCAAGCAUGCUAAAGGCGGUCAGAUCAUCGAGAUCGGCACACAGAACGUCAAGCACUUCGCUCACUACGGCUAUGUCUACUGCAUGGUCCUCUCCAAGACCAUACCAGAGGCGCAAGGUCAGGAGGUUCUGGUCACUGGAGGCGGGGAUGGCAUAGUAAAGCUGUGGAAGCUGGACGCUAAGAAUGGUGGCGCGCCGGAAGAGUUAUACCAGCUGGAUGAUGGGCGAGAAGAAGGCCACUCUAUCCACUCGGUCUCCGUCGAAGGCACAUUCCUGUACUCCGGUCGGUCUGGUGGCGAGAUUGAUGUCUGGGAUCUGGAGACACGCCAGCUCAUUCGCAACCUGAAAGCACACCGAGACGAUGUCCUGACCAUCUGCAUCGGCGGUGGGUUCAUGUUCAGCGCUGCAGUCACUGGCUACGUACGCAAGUUCGAUCGACAGUACCAGCUGCAGUUCCGCAUGGCCGCUCACAAAGGUCGCAUCUUGGCCAGUGCUUUCAAACAGCACAGUCGAAGAGCGAUAUACGUCACGGGAGGCAGUGACAGCACUUUGGCCGUCUGGGAUGUUAGCGACUGCGUUGCCACUCCAAUCUCGACGAUGAAGACGACCAACGAACAGCUUGUUGACUCACUGGCCAAGCUCGUCAGCUACCGAACGGUCUCCUCGGACCCGAAAACAGCACUCGAAUGCCGCCGUGGAGCUUCAUAUUUGCGCUCCGUCUUUAAGAACUUCGGAGCCACCACUGAAAUGCUCUCCACUCAGCACGGGUGCAACCCUAUCAUCUUCGCACGAUUCAAAGGCAAUCCUGCCACUCGUGAGAAGCGCAAGAAGAUUCUGUUCUACGGCCAUUACGAUGUCGUUGCUGCCGCGAACAAGUCUAAACAGUGGAUCGUGGAUCCAUUCACCAUGGAAGGCAUAGACGGCUAUCUUUAUGGCAGAGGCACGAGUGACAACAAGGGGCCUAUCAUGGCAGCCAUUUUCGCUUGCGCUGAGCUGAUGAGCGAGCAAGCGCUUGGCUCGGACAUCCUCUUCCUGAUAGAGGGUGAAGAAGAGAGUGGCAGCAGAGGGUUUGAGGACGCGGUGAGGGACAACAAGGACAAGAUCGGCGACGUCAACUGGAUCUUGCUGGCCAAUAGCUACUGGCUCGACGACCGGAUACCGUGCCUGACAUACGGCUUGCGAGGAGUCAUCCAUGCGAAAGUGCAGAUUGAGAGUAGUCAUCCUGACAUGCACUCUGGUGUUGAUGGAAGUGCUGAGCUUGACGAAAGUCUCAAAGAUCUGGUGAUGCUGCUCGGCACCUUGACAGGGAAGAAUGGCGAGGUUAAGAUUCCCGGUUUCUAUGACUCGGUCCUACCACUUGGAACCGAAGAGAAGGAUCUCUACGAGGACAUCGCCAACGCUUUGGUACAUCGCAACCCCGACCUCGGCAGUCCUGCGGCACUCAAGCUGUCAUUGAUGAGACGCUGGAGAGAAGCAACCUUGACAAUACACCGCUUCAAUACUUCAGGACCAGAGAACGCCAGCAUCAUUCCGUACCUCGCCAAAGCAGCAAUCUCCAUGCGACUUGUUCCCAACCAGGAGGCAGCUGUCAUCGGCGAGAUGUUCACCUCUUUCUUGCAUGCACAAUUCGCCAAACUUGAAUCCAACAACAAGCUGACCGUGACCAUCGACCACCAAGCUGAGCCGUGGCUUGGAGACUGGCAGAACGAGAUCUAUCAGACGCUUGAGGAAGCAAUUAUGGACGUCUGGGGUCCAAUCGAGCACACCAGGCGACGGAGCUCUGCGCUGCCGCCCAAGGUCAGCAUCCCUGACACCCAUGCCAAUGGAAGUGGCAGCUACUUCUCCGCCAAGAGUCCGACCACCUCCAACGUCCUUGCCAACAGCGGCAGCGGUGGUGCUUCGAACCUCAACAUCACGCCCUUGACAGAGGUCACGGCCAAACUGGAAGACCUGGCCGCAAUCACCAACAAGAGGUCGCCACCCAAGCGCCACAGCAAGUCUAGCUCCUUGUCCAGCGUGCCCACAUCGGCAUCCUCGCACCGCAAGAAGCCUCUUUACAUCCGUGAAGGCGGCAGUAUCCCUGCUAUCAGGUUUCUGGAGAAAGAGUUCGAUGCGCCGGCAGCGCAUUUUCCGUGCGGGCAAGCAAGUGAUGCCGCGCAUUUGGACAAUGAGAGAUUGAGGUUGGUCAAUCUUUACAAGAGUCGCGAGGUGUUCAAGAGGGUGUUCAGGGAUCUGCCGAAGAAGUGA